GUCUAAAAUCGUCAUCAUUUACCCGCGUUAGUUGAACCGCCCACUUUGUUUGGCGGGAUUGAACUAAGAAGAAGCAGCUUCAUCGUCUAAUCGGAACUAUGCUGUUUUCUGGCAGAAGAAGGAAGAUCGCCGCCAUUGAAGGCCAGGCGGAGCUGUAUGGACAUCCUCUGCAGUUCUAUGUGCAGCCUCCUCUUGAAAACAUCUCUCUUGCUGAAUUUGAGGCGUUUGCUGUGGACAGACUGAAAUUGCUGAAGACAAUUGAGAAUUUGGGAGUGAGCUAUGUGAAGCUGUCAGAGCAGUACACAAAGAAACUGGAACAUGAGUGUAAAACCCUGAACUUUGCGUACAGAUCAGAUGCUGAUGACCGAAAAACUCAGACUGGACCGACUGAAUUCGAGAAACGAAGAAAGGACCAUAUCUCCCACUUCAUCCUCAGACUUGCCUACUGCCAAACGGAGGACUUGAGACGGUGGUUUAUCCAACAGGAAGUCGAUCUUUUCCGCUACCGCUUCAACGAGCUGUAUCCCGAACAAAAGCUUGAAUUCCUGCACAGAAAUAAUCUGCAGUAUGACACGAUUAGUGUCGAGGAGAAGAAGGCCCUGUCGGAUAAACUUGUCAACUCCAGUUACGCCGUCAGUGGAAUCACCGUGGAGAACCAGGACUUCUACAAAGUCCCAUUUCAAGAUGCCCUGGAUCUAGUGCGAGCGAGGAAAGUGUACCUGAAAGCAGGCUACGUGUACAUCCCUCACCAGGACAUUGUCACCAUCGUACUCAACGAUUUCCGCACCCGGCUAUCGAAAGCUCUCGCACUGACAGCCCGCUCGCUACCAGCAGUGCAGUCUGAUGAACGGCUCCAACCGCUCCUUAACCACCUCAGCCAUGCCUACGUGGGACAGGAUUACAGCAUCCAGAAGAAUGUUGGGAAAAUCUCCUUGGAACAAAUUGAUUCGCUUUCAGGAAAGUCAUUCCCGCUCUGCAUGAGGCAGCUCCACCAGAGCCUCAGAGAGAACCACCAUCUCCGCCACGGUGGCCGCAUGCAGUACGGCCUCUUCCUCAAAGGUAUCGGCCUCUCUCUGGAGCAAGCGCUGCAGUUCUGGAGGUCAGAGUUCAUCAGAGGCAAAGUGGAUGCAGACAAGUUUGACAAAGCAUACGCGUACAGCAUCCGCCACAUGUUUGGCAAAGAAGGCAAACGAACAGACUACACCCCCUACAGUUGCAUGAAGGUGAUUUUAUCAAACGCACCCAGCCAAGGCGACCAUCAUGGGUGUCCUUUCCGCCACAGUGACCCAGAGCUGCUGAAGCAGAAGCUUCAGUUCUACAAGGUGUCUCCCAACGGGAUCAGUCAGAUCCUGGAGCUGGUUAAAGGGAUGCACUAUCAGCUUGCGUGCCAGAAGUACUUUGAGCUGACACACAAUAUCGAGGACUCCAAUUUCUCGCUCAAUCACCCCAACCAGUACUUUAUAGAGAGCCAGAGACUUCUGGGAGGAGGCAAGGACAUAAAGCGAGAGAUGGACGCUCCACAGAGGUCGCAGGAAAACUCAGCCGCCAGAGGAUCCGGCGCAACUCGUGAAGCAGCAGCAGCAGCAAACGCCUCUCAGGGUUUGGCUGAAAACACGGAGGACCUAGACUCUUACUUUCAAGAUGCCUGAUGUAUUUUUAUACAUUUUUUCGUAUGAGGACUGGAGAUUGGGGUGGAAUCUCUAAAUGUACAUGACUUUUUGAGUAUUAAAGUUGCAUAUCAGUUAUUUCUCCCCGAUUUGUCUAGUGUCUAUCUCAACAUAGCAGACUUUGUGUUAACCUUGACUUGACAUUAUUAUAAACUUCAGACCAAAGCAGAGUUUUCCACCUUAAAAUUCCUUGUUAUGUUAGUGACAUUUCGCUGCUGCAGUCGAGUGUUAAAAGCGGUCUCUCAGUUUUUCUUUCUUUGUUUUCCCUCUGGUCUGAACUCAGAUGGCUUAUGCCCAGUCUCAGUGCACAGAGUUUUGGCAGGGACGUGGUUGUGGGGGUGAUGACUAGAACAUUUCCCAGCUGUCUCAGAAACAAUGUCAUUGUAUUUGCUGGCAGGAGUAUGGAUGAAUGGUGGCAGGAGGACGGAUGAAAAUAAACAAUUUCCACAGUUGUAUUAUGUCGCCUUGGAAUAUUGCCUCAUAAUGCACAAUGCAAUUUAUUCAAAGCAUACGUGGUCAGGAGAUAUUUCCUCCUUCUUCUCUCCAACUUCUGUCUGCAGUAAUUUGUGAGAAAUGGCUGUCUGAAAGUC